AUGAGCCCGUCAACGACGCAUGUCGCCAACGCGAGUGACGUCCCAAUUUGGGCAAGAGUGAUUGACGAUGGGAAGAAAAUCAUCGACAAUGUGGUGAUUAGGACUCCGGGAAAUGUGGAAAUCCGAAUGGGAACAGCCAGUGCUUUUGCUGCAGAACACGUUCACACUGUAAUGAAAAUAGUGCAGGAUGUGAACAUUUCAGGAUUCACCAAGAUCAGCCCUCGAGUGGCAACUCCGUUCUUCGCUGGCGAUCGCAUGUUGUGGUUGUUCAGGACAAAGGUCUAUGUCAGUGCGUACUAUGUUGACCCCGUGAAUGGAGCCAUCUGUGACAUAUGCUCCGCUCAUCCACUGCCAGCCAACUACAGUGUGAUCAUUGCCAAGGAUAUGACACUUCGAGCCACAGAGAUGGGUGAGCUGUGGAAGGACACCGCCGGAAAUUGGCACUGA